CGCAGACUUGUCUUGCGUGGCUUCUGCGUGCCCGCACAACUCACCCUCAGAUACGCUUUUGAGGUACCCGUACAUACACUGUACCUCUCCUGUCCCCUAAAUGGAUUCAUAGCGACUUACGCAACGCGCGUAAAAUACAUAGUUUUACUCGUAAAUGCAUGAAAAUCGAACACUUGCGACGCGCCAACAAACGCUCUUUAACGACCUUUGACACCAGGUCACGUCUGUAAUGACUGGUGACAGAACAGCCAGGAACGUUGAAGAGCUAUGAGAAUCAGUUAAUGAAAAAGGUGAUAAUGGAAUCCCUUUUGAAGAAACAGUUGGGAUGCACUCGUGUGAAGUCCUUUGGUUACGGAGGUGGGGGGUGUAUAAGUAGCGGACAGAGUUAUGAGACGGACAACUAUGGGAAAGUCUUCGUUAAGAUAAAUUCAGAGAGUGGGGCAAGAUUAAUGUUUGACGGUGAACUAGCUGGACUGAAUGCUAUCAUUGCUACGGGUACUGUCAGAGUUCCUAAACCUUAUAAAGUGGUUGAUCAUGGUUCUGGUGCAGUAUUGAUAAUGGAGCAUACAGACAUGCAGGGACUUGGAAGUCAUGCCGCUAAAUUAGGAGAAUUAUUAGCCAAAAUGCAUCUGUAUAAUGAGGAGAUGGGAAAAAAGAAUGCUGAAGAUGCCAGUAUUGUCGGCAGUGGUGAUGACGGCGCUUAUGUCAGUCAAUUCGGCUUUCAUACAACAACAUGUUGCGGUUAUAUACCUCAAGUUAACGACUGGCAAGAUGAUUGGGUGACAUUUUAUGCCAAGAAGCUGGAACAGCAAUUAAACCUGCUUAACAAAAAGUCUGGAGACCGGGAAGCUAAUGAACUUUGGUCUAAUCUUCAGUUAAAAUUACCAGAAAUGUUCCAAGGACUUGAUAUCAAACCAGCGUUAUUACAUGGUGAUCUGUGGAGUGGGAAUGCAUCUGGAAAUAAAAAUGGUCCACUUAUAUUUGACCCCGCCACCUUCUAUGGACAUCACGAGUAUGACCUCGGAAUAGCAGGAAUGUUUGGUGGAUUUGGAAGUUCAUUCUAUUCUGCCUACCAUUCCCUCAUUCCUAAACAACCAGGGUUUAACAAAAGGAGUCAGCUUUAUCAACUAUUUCACUAUUUGAACCAUUGGAAUCACUUUGGAUCUGGCUAUAGAGGGCAGUCUAUAAGCAUCAUGAAAGCCUUGGUGAAAUGACAUUACCCAGCAUGCAGCCAGAAUAUAUUUCAGAUUGCAAAAGAACAUUGACCACUGCAAUGUCAUAAUAAGUGGUUAAUAAUAAGUUUGCUUUUUAACUAUUACAGUUUUAAUGUGUUAUUCUGAUAUCCGACAUCAUCUGUUAUACAGUUGAGUUAACCAAAACUUAGUUGUCAUAGUUACUACUAAUUGGGUAUGUUGUCAGUAAGCCAGUUACCUGGAAAAAUCUAAACGUUGCAUUCCUACUUUGC